AUGUUUGUGUACGAGUUUAUGGCCGGUAUUGUGGACCAAAUUACUGGUGGCGAAGAAGAAGAAGAAUCUUUUGAUCCACACGAACACAGAAAAGUUGACAAGCCUACCUCCUACUCGGACACUAUGAUGCACUUGCUCAAAGGCAGCAUCGGUGCGGGAGUUCUGGCCAUGGCUGAUGCUGUGGGACGAGUAGGGAUAAUUUUGAGUAUAUUCGGUAUCCUAUUAAUUGGCUUCUUUGCUACCUAUUGUGUUCAACUUCUUAUUGCAGCGCAAUAUGAGCUGUGUAAGAGAUGCCGUCGUGGAUACUUGGCGUACCCAAAGUCUAUGCUUUUAGCUUUGCAAAAUGGACCUCCAUGCAUGCGAUGGGCGGCGAAGACACUAUAUUAUUUUGUUGACGCGGUGCUCAUCAUGUGGCAGCUUGGAAUUUGCUGCAUCUAUUGUGUUUUUGUCGCAGAAAAUAUUAAACAGGCACGUAUUAGGAUUGCUCUUUUAUGUAAUUACUACCAUUCUAACAAAUAUACCUAUGACUCGCAUUAUAUUGCAGUUUUUUUCUACCUUAUUGAAGACGAUGUUACCGUAGAACAAGAAAAACUACAGCUUAAAUCUUUAACUGAUAUCCCAGUUUUCAUUGGCACUACUUUGUUUGCACUCGAAGCUGUUGGAGUGGUAUUAGCAUUAGAGUAUAAUAUGGAAAAACCAAAGAGAUUUGUGGGAUUAUGUGGUCUUUUUAACAUCGGCAUGGUAAUUAUUAUGGCGCUUUAUUUAUUAAUGGGGAUUUUUGGCUACCUUAAGUACGGAGAUGCCAUAAAAGCUUCGCUGACCUUAAACUUACCUCAAGAUCAAAAGAAAGCUCAAGCAGCAAAGGUCUUAUUUGCAAUUUCAAUAUUUCUGACAUUCCCACUACAAAAUUUUGUAGCUUAUAACAUAAUCUUUCGAAAGUUAAAUAAAACAUUUACUGGAAGAAGUCUAAGUGCUCUUGAUUAUGUGCUGCGAAUAUUUCUCGUUGUUUUACCAUGGUUAACAGCAGUAGCGGUGCCUAGACUGGGACCAUUUAUAGCUUUAUUUGGUGCAUUAUGUUUGUCGCUGUUGGCUAUGGUAUUCCCAGCACUGAUGGAUGCAUGCGUGUGGUAUCCGACCAGCUACGGCUUGUGUCACUACCGGCUUGUACGCGAUAUAUUCAUCAUGAUUAUCGGCCUUGCAUGUCUCAUCUCUGGUUGCUAUACUAGCUUACUCGAAAUAGCCGCUGCUGAAACAGAACAUGUG